AUGGCUCGGGAACUGGCGCGCUACAAGGUGGACAUCGCCGCACUCAGCGAGACCCGGUUCUUGGAACAGGGCCAACUGGAGAAAGUUAGUGCCGGCUACGCCUUCUGGAGCGGUCGCCCACAGGCAGAGCGACGGAACGCGGGUGUCACCUUUGCCAUCCGAAACAACAUCGUGGGAAGACUGCCCUGUCUGCCGCAGGGCAUCAACGAUCGCCUGAUGAGCCUCCGUCUGCCUCUCUGGGGAGGCAAAUUCGCCCCCCAUCAUCAGAGGUUACGCUCCGCCGAUGACCAGCCCUGACGCCGCGAGGGCUAAAUUCUACGAGGACCCGCACGCCCUCCUGACGACUGUGUCGAAAACGGAUAAGUUGAUUGUCCUUGGUGACUUCAACUCCCGAGUCGGCACAGACCAUGCUGCCUGGAGAGGAGUGCUAGGUCCUCAUGGUCUCCACGGUUCCAACGACAACUGCUUGCUCCUUCUAUGAACCUGCGCAGAACACCGACUCAUCCUGAUGAACACUUUCUGUAGCAUCACAACGCGAGAGAAGGCCACAUGGAUGCAUCCUCUGUCGCGUCAGUGACACCUACUGGACUAUGUCGUCGUCUGGAGGCGAGACCAGCGGGGUGUGCUGGUGGCAAAGGCGAUUCCGGGUACUGAUGGGUUAACCGUGCAUCGCCUCGUCAUCUUGCAGAUGCGGAGUCGCCUACAGCUUCGCAGGAGACCACAAGGUAAACGGCCCCCAGGUAAGCUGAAUACUUCCGUGUUGUCUUUGCUUGCUCUCCAUCUCCAUUUCAGCAAUGAGCUAGUCCAAAGGCUAGACCACAUUCCAGUCGCUGCUGCCGCCGUCGCUGCCGAGAAAGCCUCCGUGAAGAACCGAUGGUGUCAACUGCGGGACGUAGUCCUGUCGACGGCGCUGACCGUCCUCGGUUGCGCACGUUGCCCACACCAGGACUGGUUCGACGAAAACUACGCCACAAUCAGCAACCUGCACGCCAAUAAGAACCGCCUGCACAAAGUCUACACAGAGCUGAUUUUUUACCGUAGUCGUCACCUCACUCAACAGCGACUGCGUGAGAUGCAGGACCCCUGGACGGCUCUCAAGGCUGAGGAGAACCAAGGGUACGCGGACAGCAACGAGUGAAAGAACUUCUCCGCGAUCAAAGCUGUCUACGGUCUGCCAACCAAAGUCACUGCUCCUCUCCUCAGCGCCGACGGCAACACUCUCCUGACUGAAAAGACGCAAAUCCUACAGCGAUGGGCCGAGCAUUUCCGAGGCGUCCUCAGUCGCCCCUCCGUCAUCUCCGACGCCGCCAUCGAGCGUUUGUCGCAAGUGGAGACCAACGUGGGCCUCGACCUCCCGCCAUCUCUCCAGGAGACCAUCAGGGCCGUGCAGCAGUUCUCCAGCGGGAAGGCACCCGGAUCGGACGCAAUCCCUGCUGAGGUCUACAAGCACGGAGGUCCCCAACUGAUGAAUCACCUGACUGCGCUCUUCCAGGAGAUGUGGCGUCAAGGUGAAGUCCCGCAUGAUUUCAAAGACGCAACCAUCGUGUAUCUCUACAAGCGCAAAGGGAAUCUCCAAGUCUGCGACAAUCACCGCGGCAUCUCCCUGCUGAACAUCGCCGGGAAGAUCUUCGUCCGCAUCCUUCUCAACCGCCUCAAUAACCAUCUGGAACAGGGCCUUCUGCCGGAAAGCCAAUGCGGCUUCCGUCGUCAUCGUGGGACCACGGACAUGAUCUUCGCCGCCCGCUGA